AUGGCAGUGGCGAGGCGGGCUCUCAAGCGCUCUCGCCUUAAGCUAAACCAGGCUUCACGGCCUGCAAGCAGCGGCCUGCAAGCAGCGGCCUGCAAGGAGCGGCCUGCAAGGAGCGGCCUGCAAGCAGCGGCCUGCAAGGAGCGGCCUGCAAGCAGCAGCCUGCAAGGAGCGGCCUGCAAGCAGCAGCCUGCAAGCAGCAGCCUGCAAGGAGCGGCCUGCAAGCAGCGGCCUGCAAGGAGCGGCCUGCAAGCAUCGGCCUGCAAGCAGCAGCCUGCAAGGAGCGGCCUGCAAGCAGCAGCCUGCAAGGAGCGGCCUGCAAGCAGCAGCCUGCAAGGAGCGGCCUGCAAGGAGCGGCCUGCAAGGAGCGGCCUGCAAGCAGCGGCCUGCAAGCAGCGGCCUGCAAGGAGCGGCCUGCAAGGAGCGGCCUGCAAGCAGCGGCCUGCAAGCAGCGGCCUGCAUGCACCGGCCUGCAAGCAGCGGCCUGCAAGCCCUCUUAUUCAUCACAACCUGCUUGUUGAAGAAGAGAGUGAACUACACCGGGCCUUGCCAGGUUCACCAUCACCUGAGGCUCAGACCUCAACAGGCUCACCAUCACCUGAGUCUCAGACCUCAACAGGCUCACCAUCACCUGAGGCUCAGACCUCAACAGGCUCACCAUCGCCUGAGGCUCAGACCUCAACAGGCUCACCAUCACCUGAGGUUCAGACCUCAACAGGCUCACCAUCACCUGAGGUUCAGACCUCAACAGGCUCACCAUCACCUGAGGCUCAGACCUCAACAGGCUCACCAUCACCUGAGGUUCACACCUCAACAGGCUCACCAUCACCUGAGGCUCAGACCUCAACAGGCUCACCAUCACCUGAGGCUCAGACCUCAACAGGCUCACCAUCACCUGAGGCUCAGACCUCAACAGGCUCACCAUCACCUGAGGUUCACACCUCAACAGGCUCACCAUCACCUGAGGCUCAGACCUCAACAGGCUCACCAUCACCUGAGGCUCAGACCUCAACAGGCUCACCAUCACCUGAGGCUCAGACCUCAACAGGCUCACCAUCACCUGAGGCUCAGACCUCAACAGGCUCACCAUCACCUGAGGCUCAGACCUCAACAGGCUCACCAUCACCUGAGGUUCAGACCAUAACAUGCUCACCAUCACCUGAGGUUCAGACCUCAACAGGCUCACCAUCACCUGAGGCUCAGACCUCAACAGGCUCACCAUCACCUGAGGCUCAGACCUCAACAGGCUCACCAUCACCUGAGGCUCAGACCUCAACAGGCUCACCAUCACCUGAGGCUCAGACCUCAACAGGCUCACCAUCACCUGAGGCUCAGACCUCAACAGGCUCACCAUCACCUGAGGCUCAGACCUCAACAGGCUCACCAUCACCUGAGGCUCAGACCUCAACAGGCUCACCAUCACCUGAGGCUCAGACCUCAACAGGCUCACCAUCACCUGAGGCUCAGACCUCAACAGGCUCACCAUCACCUGAGGCUCAGACCUCAACAGGCUCACCAUCACCUGAGGCUCAGACCUCAACAGGCUCACCAUCACCUGAGGCUCAGACCUCAACAGGCUCACCAUCACCUGAGGUUCACACCUCAUCAUGCUCACCAUCACCUGAGGCUCAGACCUCAACAGGCUCACCAUCGCCUGAGGCUCAGACCUCAACAUGUUCACCAUCACCUGAGGUUCACACCUCACCAUGCUCACCAUCACCUGAGGUUCACACCACACCCUCACACUGGUCUCUGCCUCACCAUAUAAACUGCUCCUCCACUUGA